GAACAACUGCUGUGUUGAGCAGGAUGCAAGAGAAAAAAAAAACACUUAACUGUGGAUUUGGCUUCCCUGAGUCCAAUCAGGAUAAAGUUGGUUAGAGUUUCUUCAGAAAGGAGGAUGCCUCCCAUUUUAAUUAAACAAGGCUCUUGAACUGUGACUCCAGAGUAACCCCCCCUCCACAAGGAAGUGGGGACUUUUGAAGAUUUGGAUGAGUGCACCUAUUGUCAUUCUUGAGGAGAUCACACAACAUUUGCAUACUAGUCCGCACACCAAUUCAUAAAAAUCAGUAUGUAAACUCACAACCUGCACUGAGAACAAUGUUUAGCGUCCUGCUACAACAUAAGUUAAAACGGUUGUUUGAUACGAAUACGAAUUCAUGAAAUUAUCGUAGUGGGAUAACAAGAUUUGAUGGCUUCAGAAGCAGUCCAAUGCCUGAGAACUAACAAAUCCCCGGUUGCAGUUGUCAUAUCACUAAGCUUUCCUUACCCCCAGCACCACUGGGCGUCGAUGUAGUUAGAGGUGUCCACAGAGACAGAGUGGGAAGUCACGGCGCUUUGUCUUCUACGUUAUUGGUUUUAGAUUUUCUGACAACUUUCUCUCGGACAACGAUCACAUGAGCUUCCCAAUAGAGCUCGGACAAGUUUGAGAACAGCUGCAUGUUGAUGACACUGAGCAAACGCGAACAUGGAUGAUCUGUCCACCAGUCCAACGUGUUCGUAAAUGAACAAGAGAGGUGGGCGACAGUCUACGCACGCGUGUCAACACGUCUCCACCCUCUACCUGAGAGAAGCACACCUGGAUCCAACGAGACGGAAGUGCUGUGCAGAGACUUCUGAAUCUGACUGUGAGGCUGGAAUACUGUUCAGGAAUGACAUGUAUCCCAACUGAGUCGUGAUUGGGUUCCAAAGAGGAAUGGAACUCGACUGGAUUUCGACGAAUUUGGUGACGAUCCCGGACUUUCCAAAGGUCUACCCAGCAGUGAUGUUUCUGACCAGGUUUAAUUCUGGCAAAAGUGUGUCUUCAACAUUCUAAGAGGACCUUUUGUCAUUUGUCCGGGACAUUACCAAGCUAAGAAUGAACGGCUUUCAUAGAAUACUACGGCGGAGAUUACACCCAUGGAAACUGGUCAUUGUGGCCCUCAUUUUUGUCACAUUUCUGUUCCUUAUACAACGGGAGGUGGUCAGCCAGGGUCCCCAGGAAGAGCCAUGGCUUAAGGAUAUUGUGGUCAAGCGGGACGCUGUGCUGGGAAUGGUCAUGGGAGCGGUUAAUAACUUAAGGGACUCCAUGCCAAAGAUGCAGAUUAAAGCUCCCGUCCGUCAACCUGAGGUAGCAGGUGGGCAGUCAUGUUUGCCUGGGUACUACACUGCUGCUGAACUCAGGCCUGCCCUUGAGCGCCCAGCCCAGGACCCCAGCGCACCGGGAGCAUCGGGGAAGUCCUUCCACACAGAGAACCUGGGACCAGCUGAUCAGAAGGAGAAGGAAAGGGGAGAGGGGAAGCACUGCUUCAACCUCUACGCCAGUGAUCGCAUCUCUCUCAGUCGAGACCUCGGACCAGAUACCAGACCCCCAGAGUGCAUCGAGCAGAAGUUCAAGCGCUGCCCUCCGCUGAUGACCACCACUGUGAUCAUCGUGUUUCACAACGAGGCCUGGAGCACGUUGCUGAGGACGGUCUACAGCGUGCUCCACACUUCCCCGGCCAUCUUCCUCAAGGAGAUCAUCCUGGUGGACGACGCCAGCGAGGACGAGAGGCUGAGAGAGGAGCUGGACGAGUACCUGAAGAGGCUGCACAUCGUGCGCGUGGUGCGCCAGCGCGAGAGGAAGGGCCUGAUCACCGCCCGACUGCUGGGAGCUUCGGUGGCCACCGGGGACACACUCACCUUCCUUGAUGCCCACUGCGAGUGCUUCAAUGGCUGGCUGGAGCCCUUACUGGCCAGGAUAGCGGAGAACUACACGGCCGUGGUGAGCCCUGACAUCACCACCAUUCAUCUGGAUACGUUCGAGUUCAUGAAGCCUUCCCCAUAUGGGCAGAACCACAACCGAGGGAACUUUGACUGGGGUUUGUCUUUUGGCUGGGAGUCCUUACCUGACCAUGAGAAACAGAGGAGAAAAGAUGAGACUUAUCCCAUCAGAACCCCAACAUUUGCCGGAGGGCUGUUCUCCAUCUCAAAGGACUAUUUCUACCACAUUGGGAGUUAUGAUGAGGAGAUGGAAAUCUGGGGAGGAGAGAAUAUUGAGAUGUCCUUCAGGGUGUGGCAGUGCGGUGGCCAGCUGGAGAUCAUCCCCUGCUCCAUCGUGGGUCACGUCUUCCGCACCAAAAGCCCCCACACCUUCCCCAAGGGCACCCAGGUCAUCGCUCGCAACCAGGUGCGUCUGGCCGAGGUCUGGAUGGAUAGCUACAAGGAGAUCUUCUACCGAAGAAACCAGCAGGCCGCCCAGAUGGCCAAGGAAAAGUCGUUUGGCGAAGUCUCGCGACGUGUGGACCUCCGGGAGCGGCUGCAGUGCAAGAGCUUCUCCUGGUAUUUGAAAAACGUCUACCCCGAGGUGUUCAUGCCAGAUCUCAAUCCCCUCCACUUUGGCGCAGUGAAGAAUGUGGGCAAAGACUCCUGUCUGGAUGCCGGAGAGAACAACGAGGGAGGGAAGCCACUGAUCAUGUACCCCUGCCACGGCAUGGGUGGCAACCAGUACUUUGAGUUCUCGACGCGGCGCGAGGUCCGGCACAACAUUCAGAAAGAGCUGUGUUUGCAUGGGACCGAGCGCACCGUCAAACUGGAGGAGUGCCAGUAUAAAGGUCACAGCACAUUUGUGGGAGGAGAGCAGAAGUGGGAAUUUAAGGAGAAUCAGUUGUUCUUCCACACUGGAUGGAACCUGUGUUUAAGUGCAAGGUAUGAACACCCAUCUCUGGUGCCCUGCAACCCUGCUGACCGAUACCAGCUGUGGCUCUUCACCUGAACACUCUGACACACUCAGCAACAUGUUGAGGUCUCUAGACGUGCCAGCACAAGUCACUGUGGAUGAACAUUUGAACUGUAGAUUCAGAUUUUUUAUUUAUUUUUUAUAUAUAUUGAAUUACUGCUGCUGGAUAGUUGAACCUACAAAAACUCUAAUAUGAACUCAAAACGUGCCUCGAGGGAGGAUGCACAGAGUGUAAGCUGGAACUGAACUGAGCUUGAUUGAAGACUGACUUACUCUUUCUUUCUUCCUUUUUUUUCUUUCUUUCUUUCUUAUGCUCUUUUUUUUUACCAUUUUGUACUUUUGUACAACACAUUGUUUUUAAUGAAGUUCGUGAAGUUUUAGGAGUUGAGCUCAAACUCGUGAAAACCCUUCAUUAUGUUUUCAAUAUCCCACUUUCUGUGUGUUUGAAGAUGUUUCCAGAGUCCGUUUUGGUGAAAUCCCCCUUAUUAAGUUUUUAAGACUGAAUACAUUCUUUGUAGAAAACAACCUUUUAAGGAUAGGGAAUCUCAAAUUUAAACCAUGUGUUAUACUAAUUUGUGCGAAUCACCAAAGAUUACUUUCAAGUGUUGAUAAAAGAGCAUUUCAUUUUGACGUUGUGUAUGUAUGUAGGUGGCAGAUGGGAAUACUUCCAUAAGUAAAUGGAGGUUAGCAUGAUGUGGACCGACCCUCACGCACAGUUUACAGUAUACAUGCUGUUGACUGUCAUUGUCCCAUUUCUUUUCUUUUUUUUUUAGGUGGGGUAUAUGUUUAACUAUCUGAGAUUGAGAUUUUAGUAAAAUAUUUUUAAGAAAAAAAA